ACAACACAACACAACACAACAGCUUCUUUCUCUUCCUAAAGUUUUUUUCUUUCAUCCCAUUUCCAAACAACACCUAACCACCCCAAUCAUCUCCUACAAAAAAAUAUAUAAAUUAAAAUUAUAAAUAAAAAAAUUCUGACAUAUCCGAGAAUAAUUCUCACAAACAUUUCUUCCAUUCUAUUCUAUUUUCAUUUCUUACACAUUCAUUCAUCACACACAAUUCUUCUUCUUCUUCUUCUAUGACCCAAAAUCCAAUACAAAACCCUAAUUCGAUUCUUCCCAUGGCCGCCACCACCAACCACGGCGGCGGCGGCGGAGCCACCGGUGCCGGUGGAGACGAUCGAGUUCUCGCAACAGCACAACAGAUCCUCAAAAGCCUAAAAGCUCCCAAAGAAGAUCGUGAAGACAUGCUCUUAAUCUUCUCCACCUUCGACAACCGUCUCUCCGGUAUCACCGACCUUAUCAACGGCGACGAUUCCAAAUCUUCCAAAUCCGACGACGACGACGACGACGACGAAGACCUUGACCGAUUCGAAGCUGCGGAGAAAGUCAUACUUGACGAUUCUUCCUUAUCCACCGAGUCUUCUCGUCAAUCCACUUCGCUUUUCGAUCCUCCGAAUGAUCCUGAAGUCUAUUUCAACGCUGUUGAUGAGAUUAUUCAAUGGAUGGAACACUUCACGAUCUCGCCGCCGAUUAAUUCCGCUGUAAAAACCGGUAAGAUUAUAUUGGAUCGUGCUGAUAACGCGAUCCAAGUUGCUAUGUCGAGGCUCGAGGACGAGCUUCGACAUGUGCUGAUUUGUAAUACUGUUCCGCCUGAUGCUGUUAGCCGGUGUAGUACUAAUCGGAGGAGUUCGUUGUCUUUCAGUUCGCACGAUGGUGCGGGUGGGUUUGAUGAUAAUUCUGGGAGUUUUGGUGAUGCGGGUGAUCCUGGUUCUCAUAGGUUUCAUGAACGUGGUGUUAGUCUUGGUGAUGAUUUGUUUGUUGAUUUAGUUCGUCCGGAAUCAAUUUUGAAUUUGAAAGAUAUUAUUGAUCGGAUGGUUAGGUCUGGUUAUGAGAGGGAGUGUUUGCAGGUUUAUAGUAGUGUUCGUCGUGACGCGUUGGUUGAGUGUUUGGCGAUUCUGGGAGUUGAGAAAUUGAGUAUUGAAGAGGUGCAGAAGUUUGAGUGGAAGAGUUUGGAUGAGAGGAUGAAGAAUUGGGUGCAAGCUGCUAAGGUUGUUGUUAGGGUUUUGUUGAGUGGAGAGAAGAGGCUAUGUGAUAGUCUUUUCGGUGAAUUGGAGGAUGUGAAGGAGAUGUGUUUCAAUGAAACAGCUAAAGGUUGUGUUAUGAUGUUGUUGAAUUUUGGUGAAGCUGUUGCCAUUUGUAAGAGGUCGCCGGAGAAGCUGUUUAGGAUUUUGGAUAUGUAUGAAGUUCUGAGAGAUGCUUUGCCUGAAUUGGAGGAUAUGGUUACGGAUGAGUUUGUGAUUACUGAGGCGAAGGGUGUGCUUAGAGGACUUGGGGAGGCUGUGAAAGGGACGUUUGCUGAAUUUGAGAGUUGUAUUCGGAAUGAGACUUCCAGAAGGCCGGUUAUAACUGGGGAUGUUCAUCCUUUGCCUCGUUAUGUUAUGAAUUACCUGAAACUGCUUGCGGAUUAUAGCAAUGCUAUGGAUUCGCUUUUGGAAAUCAGUGAAGAGGCUCUUUACCACUUUAAAAAUGAUUUGGGUGGUGAUGAGUCCCAGUUAGAAGCUUUGUCCCCUCUUGGACGACAGAUAUUGUUGUUGAUGUCUGAACUUGAGCACAAUCUUGAGGAAAAAUCAAAACUUUAUGAAGACCAUGCAUUGCAGCAGGUGUUUUUGAUGAACAAUCUACAUUACCUGGUGCGUAAAGUGAAGGACUCAGAUCUUAUAGAGGUUUUGGGGGAUAAUUGGGUUCGUAAGCGCCGCGGUCAGGUACGGCAGUAUGCUACGGGGUACCUUAGAGCCUGUUGGAGCAAGGCCUUGGCUUGUUUGAGGGAUGAAGGGGUUGGAGGGAGCUCUAAUAAUGCAUCAAGGAUGGCUUUGAAGGAAAGGUUUAAGAAUUUCAACGCGUGUUUUGAAGAAAUAUACAGGGUUCAGACAGCUUGGAAGGUACCUGAUGACCAGCUUCGUGAAGAGAUGCGGAUAAAUAUAUCAGAGAAGGUGAUACCUGCAUACCGCUCGUUUAUGGGGAGAUUUAGCGGUCAGCUGGAGGGAAGACAUGCAGGCAAAUACAUUAAGUAUGUACCAGAGGAUCUAGAGACUUAUUUAUUAGAUUUAUUUGAAGGAUCCCCUGCUGUAUUACAUCACAUAAGGAGAAAGAGUACAUAGAAUAAUUAUAAGAUAAUAUGCUUUUGAGUUUUGACAGGUGAACUCAUUUUAUCAGGAUUAGUUGAAAAAGUUUGUGUCAUGCAUAUCUAUCUUGUACCUGGAUAGCUGUUUAUUUUACAGGGUCUUAAUGUUAGAAUUGGAUUUUGCGCCUGCGAAUACUGUAAUAUCUUUGUAUAUAUUCUUAAGUCCAGUGUCUUGCACAACUUAUUUAUGCUGUUAUCGGCAAUCAUUAUACUUGUUGAAAUAGUUCUCUCAUACAGUCACACUAAUAGCUGCUGCCUUGAACUA